GUCACUAGUCGGACGAGUGGAUGGUGGUGGAGGCAGCUUGUGCCAGAGGGGGAGAGAACUAGCAAGCAGCGAGUGGAAUAGCUGUGCCAGAGGAAGGAAUCGUUCUGAGAAACCGAACAAAAUACGUGAACUUAGUUUUGUUGCGCUUUUGAUCGCGACUCGGUUGGUUUGUGAAAAGGUUUUCUGUUUCUUCCCCAGUGUGUGUGGCUCUCCAGUCCCCGUUGCCCGUUCUCGUUGGAGUGAACACCAAGGGGGACUCCAUGAAAAAUGAUGGAGGAGGUGACAGUUGUAGCCAAGUGGGACUACACGGCCCAGCAGGACCAGGAACUUGACAUCAGGAAGAAUGAGCGGCUCACCCUGCUGGACGACAGCAAGACGUGGUGGAGGGUGAGGAACGCCUCCACCCAGACCGGCUACGUCCCCUCCAACUACGUGGAGCGCAAGAACAGCCUGGUGAAGAAGGCCUCGCUGGUCAAGAACCUCAAAGACACACUGGGACUGGGUAAGGGCAGAAGGAAGCAGAGUGCCCGUGAUGCCUCUCCCACACCCAGCACGGAUGCAGAGUACCCUUCCAAUGGGAGUGGGGGAGGAGGAGGAGGAGGAGGAGGAGGUGGAGGCGGUGCCGAACGCAUCUACGACCUCACCAUCCUGGCCGUUGUCAAGUUCUCGUACAUGGCGGAGCGCGAGGAUGAGCUGACCCUAGCCAAGGGGUCCCGGGUCACGGUGAUGGAGAAGUGCAGUGACGGCUGGUGGCGGGGCAGCCAGGGAGGUCGCGUGGGCUGGUUCCCCUCCAACUACGUCCUGGAGGACCCCGCAGAGAGAGAGGGUGAGGGGGGUGGAGGAGGAAGGGACUCCCCAGGUUAUCCAGGGCAGGGCAGGGGGGCCACGAUGACCAACGGGCGGGCGGGAGGUGGUGGCGGCCGGGAUGGAGAAGGAAGUGGUGCGCUCCAUCUGGUCCAGACUAUUUACCCGUUCAACUCAGUGACGGAGGAAGAGCUGAACUUUGAGAAGGGAGAGGUGAUGGAGGUUGUGGAGAAACCAGAGAAUGACCCAGAGUGGUGGCGCUGCAGGAACGCCCAAGGCCUGGUGGGCCUAGUGCCUAAGAACUACGUGCUGGUGCUGAAUGACGCUGACGGGCCUCCCGGGCUCCCCGCCCUGCCACAGUCACCCCCUGGCUCCUCACAGAUCCGCUACGUGGGGCCGGCGAUCGUGGGCAAGUUUGCAGGCAGGGACUGGUACUACGGAGGGGUGACCAGACACCAGGCAGAGCUGGUCCUCAACGAGAGGGGGAAGGAGGGGGACUUCCUCAUACGGGACAGCGAGUCAUCGCCCAGUGAUUUCUCUGUCUCUCUGAAGGCGCCUGGGAAGAACAAGCACUUCAAGGUGCAGUGUUCAGAGGAGGUGUACUGUAUCGGCCAGCGCAGGUUCAGCUCCAUUGAUGAACUGGUGGAACACUACAAGAAAGCCCCCAUCUUCACCAGCCAACACGGAGACAAGCUCUACCUGGUCAAACCGCUGCUGUGACACACAUACAUAUACACACAUAGGCACUCAGACAUGCAUAUACACACACAUACGCACUCCACCAAAUGCCCAUAUCCCAGCAGUCCUCAACAUGCUGAACUUGGGGAGAUAACUUAGUCUGUUUUAGCCUAGUCACAUAGCUGGUCUUGGUUCUGUUUCCUUUCUUUGGUUUUGGGUUUUCUCUGUUUGUUUGGAAUUCACACAUUUUUGUAUCUAAUUUAAAACCCUCUCCAGAGGUUCCGAUGAUUUCUAAAGGAAAUAAUGACUUCACUAAGUGACCAUUGUAAACACCCUCUUUUGCCUUUUCUCCUCUUCUCCACCUUCAUCCUCCUCAGAACUGUAGUCAUUUUCUUCCACCUCUAUCUCCUCUUCAUCCCUCUAUCAUUGAGGAGAAGUAGGAGAGAGAGAAUUGAAAAGAGUGGAGAAUUUGAAUGUCUGUCAAUGUACAACACUUACUCUUCUAUUCUCUCCAGCUCUACACUACACUUAUGGCACAUUUCCAGUCAGGAUUCACCCGUGUUUUACCCACAAGGCUCAGACUUUUCUGUUUCCCUCAACUCAGGCCGGCACCCGUGUCUUUCUGGGCCAUGGCUCCGGCGGACCUGCUCUCAUUUGGGGCCAAUAACAGGCCACAGGUACUUUUCAGCUGGCAUUUACAUAAAUGGCUAACUGAACUUUAGCACCUUCUGACAAAGCAACUGUUUUGAUUAUGCAGAGGUUGUUUAUUCUGUUCGUCACAAAUCUUCAUUGUCAGCCCUAGCUAUGGAAACAUAAUUUCCCUAGUAUAACAUUAGUCUGUAUACACUAUCUAGUGUAACGCUGGUGUUACAGUCCAAAAGCAGCAUUACUGUUUUGCUAGUCUAUUGGCUCCAGCUCUACACUACACUUACUGUUCUGAUGUUCUAUUGGCUCCAGCUCUACACUACUUCUAUUUGAGUGUCUCCAGCUCUACACUACACUUACUGUACUUACUCACUCACUUUACUCCCCGGCCCUAGUGCUGUUUUUACCAAUGAAGAUCAGGUCUUCAGGCGUUUUACUCUCAAAGUUAUAUACAGUGCAUUCGGAAAGUAUUCAGACCCCUUGAAUUUUCCACAUUUUGUUACGUUACAGUAUUAUUCUAAAAUGUAUUAAAUAAUUUUUUCCCCUCAUCAAUCUACACACAAUACCCCCAUAAUGACAAAGCAAAAACAGGGUUGUAGAAAUUGUUGUAAAUGUAUUAAAUAUAAAAAACUGAAAUCACAUUUACAUAAGUAUUC